AACGCAGUUUGGCGAAUGCGUGUUGUUUCGGAAACCACAAAGGUUUGCUCGAACUGGCGUCGAACAUUGCUCCCAACUCCCGUCUAUAGAGGAGAGGGGGGGGGGAUGCUUCUGGUUUUACAUUUCAAUGAACCAGCUAGCCAAUCAUUCGGAUCAAUUAGUGUUCGACAUGAUGCUGCUCGGUGUGAUUUGUUAAGUGCGCCCAAAGGGAUUCCUGCGCUUGUUUGAAUUUCGAAUGGUAGUUGGCUUUGGUAGUAGGCGCCGCCUGAAUCGUUCUGUCGCGGGCUACUGUGAUUGCUGCUCAGCCAGCUCAUACUGUGACCGAAUCAAGUCAAUCGCUUCGUGGCCAACUUUGAUUUAGGAGUUCAUGAAGAAUUUGGUAUGGGAAAAAAGACGUCAUUGUGAUUUGCAAAUCUGUUGAAAGACAAUGUGGCCGACGUGGUCGUGACGACUCGUCAGUAGAGAAAAGACGAGCGUCGAGCGGUAUUGGCCGGAGUGCGUCGAUCGCCCGGUGCGUGGUCACCGCUGCAACGAGAGUGAGAGUUGUAUAAAAACCACCACCUUUUCGGUGGCCACCCAUCAGUCAGCUGUGCUCAUCUCACCGGUUCAUAACCGAGAAAAAAAAAUACACUUUUGGUGUGCGCUGGGACAUCAUUUCUGCUACGAUACGCUCGUUAUGAAGGCGUUCGUAAUCUUUCCAAUGGCCCUGGCGAUCGCCGCCAGUGCAGCAGUCGAUGAUAGCAAAAAGAGCAAACGGGACCUGUGGGACGAUCUCGGAGUGGCGGACGAUGUCUCGUUGGAAGGUCUUUCGGCGGACAACCACGAGUUCGAGAACUUCCCAGAGGAUCUGGAAGAGUGGAGCCCAGCCGUGCCAGAACCGCAAGUGAAACACGUUGCAGUGCCCUAUCCGGUAGAAGUGGAGAAACACAUUCCCGUUGAAGUCAAAGUGCCGGUUCCAGUGGAGAUCGAGAAGAAGGUUCCGGUUAUUGUGGAGAAGAAAGUCCCAGUGAUCGUGGAGAAGCGCGUACCCGUCCACAUUGAUCGCCCAGUGCCAUACAGGGUCGAAGUGAAGGUGCCCGUGAUUCAUAAAGAGUACGUCGAAGUGCCAAGACCAUUUCCGGUGAAGGUUGAAAAGCGUAUCCCGGUGUUCCUCGAUAGGCCAGUCAUUGUGGAGAAAACCAUCCCACUAACCAUUCACAUACAAGAAAAAAAGAAGAAGAAAACUGGUUUCCCAUUGUGGGGCUGAGAAAGUUUUGUUUUCGUUUAUAAUUGUUUUGAAAAGACUGAAUAAAACUUGUAUUCCUGUUGUUAAAGUUUUAAGUUGUAAUCGACGUAGUUGGCGGUGUCACCGUAUUCAAAAUUUCACAGCCUACCUUGUUUCGGCGAGUCACGUGCACCACGUAUUUCACCGAUUGACAUUUAGAUUAAACCACGUGCGCCAAAGCAAACAGUGCAAGGACAUUGUGCAAAUUAAAUUAAAGUCCCUUCAUAUGUACCAACGGGGGGGGAUAGGUAUUAAUAUUUAAAACAAAAUGAAAACGUUUUUGAGGUUACGUUGGUCGAAGCAAGCGCGCACAGUGUGCCACAUAUUGUGUGUGUGCACUGUGCAGAGAUACAACAAUUUAUUUAGCACCGACCGCAAAACGACGAGAGAGGGUUGCUGCGAUGCGACGAAAUGGUUGUUGAAACUUGUUCCAUUAAAAGGGCUCGAUGGGGGAAAUGUGUGCACUUACUGCUGAGCUGGUGCAGUGGAUUUUGAUGUGAAUGUGGCUGUGAUACUAAACUGUUGUUGAGCGGAGUUUCGGAUGUGUCCUACUAGUCGUAGCUUUGCUAUGAUCGAUUCCUCGGAUGAAGUUUUCGGCUGGAGAAUAGGGUGGGGAUGGGUGGAGUUAGAAUUUCAAUUUAAAUUGUUGAUGUUUUAUUCAUCAUGAAAAUCCUCCGUCGAGAUGAGCACGUUGUUAGUCGAUCGAGAGGAAGUGGAGAAGUUUUCGUUUAUUUUUUGUAAAGUCCAUUUGACGGGGCUGCCGAGCUGCAUAAGUACAUCGACUAUCACGGUUGUUGGAUGUUGGAAAAUGUGUGUAAUUGAAUUUAGUUUUCGGAGUUUAAUAUUGAAUUUGUGAUAAUUUUGGUGCAGUUUCAGCGGAAUAGAAGGAAAACGUAGAGAAUGAUGCUACUUAUGCCGUUUUCGUAUUUAUACCAAGGAAAUAACUGAGUCAGUGGAGAAAAAUAACAUUUUUUUUUUCAAACGAAUCUAAAUUGAGUCCAAAUUAUCACUGCAAUUUGUUUCAGGUUGUGCAGUUCUGGUACAUAAGGUCAUACCGAUCAACUUUUCGAUUGAAAUCAAAGUAGGUCGGUUAUGGCAUGGGUUUUCCAUUUUUCAUAACCAUG